UUUUUAGUUGUUCAUUUAAGUCUCCUUGGUUAAAAAAAAUAAAUCUCUCUCACCUACUUUGACCAAAAAUGCUCUCUGUAAAAUUAUGAAAAUCCCUCUUCCUUACCAUACACAGCCUAUACAUUUCAGAGCUUCUCUUUUCUCUUUUUUUUUUUUUCUCUUAGGGGCGCGAAAAAUAGCUUCUUCGAUUUCUGGAUAAAAAGGAAGGAGAAUGAAGUUGAUGAAUGUAUUAAAAUUACUUGUGGUGGCGACUAUGGCGAUGACGGCGGCAGAAGCGAUAUGGCUAGAAAUACCCAGUUCAGGGGCUAAAUGUGUGUAUGAAGAAAUCCGUAAUAACGUCGUCGUUUUGGUUAAUUACGCUGUCAUUGUUGACAAUGAGCCCGACAAACCUAAAUUUAUUCCCGAUAUCUCCCUUAAGGUUAUAUCACCAUUUGCAAACAAGCUCCACCAUGAAGAAAAUGUCACUCGUGGUAAAUUUGGUUUUACAACGACUGAGCCUGGAAACUAUAUGGCGUGCUUUUUCAUGAAUAGCCAAGCUCCUAACGGUGAAAGUGUACAUAUUGGUCUUGACUGGAAAACUGGAAUUGCUGCCAAGGAUUGGGAUUCGAUUGCUCGAAAAGAAAAGAUACAAGACAUUGAACUUGUGCUGAUGAAAUUCCAGGCAUGGGUGCAAGCCAGCCAUGAAAAAAUAGUCUAUCUGGAAAAGAGGGAGGAAGAAAUGAGUGAAGUGAGUGAGAGAACGAAUGCAGUUGUGGCGUUGUUCAGUGGAAUGUCCCUUAGUCUCUGCAUAUUGGCUGCAGCUACGCAAAUAUGGUAUUUGAAGCGCUUCUUUAGGAAGAAAAAACUCAUAUAAUUUUAUGAAUGUAAUGAUCGAUAAGUUUCCUUUUGUGUGGAACCACAACUCACAUAUAAGAUAUCAACAUCGAAUUCUUUUCCUGUGUACCAAAAGAGUGUCAACAUGGAGGAAGCAAUUUCAGUGUAUUUCUUGUGCAAUAUAAUUCAAGCAAUUCUUGAAUGUCUUUCAAGUUA